GUUGCCCAGUGUUAAACCCGGAGUACAUUUGAAUCUUCAAGUGUAAAACUGCAUCUAAAAAAGGAGUUAAUUUGCAAAGUAAAACUUUUAACUCUGUAAGCAGUGCAUUUCCCACAAUCCUCAACGGCUCUUCAAUUGGAAAACCACGUGGAGAAGAGUCCGCAGUUCAAAGGUUUUUGUAAAGAAGCUGACUGAAUUCUGAGCACCACGUGCAGAAGUAACAAUGCUGUUCAGUGCACUGUAUGGAGGUAAAAAGGAACUAAUAAAAGUAGAUGGAGGAGAUUACACCAGUUUAAUGACUCAUGACGACACUGGUGUGGAGGGAGAUGAAGAUGUAUUCACUGACUUGCUGGAGGAGAGAUCACAUGAUAUCCUAUGGAGAGUUGUUGACAAAGAUUCAGAAUGCGCAGUCCUUGAUUCUUCCUGUAGCCCACAAACUGACACUCUUUCAGUGUUGUCUGAGACGGAUGACAGUGCUGGACCAAGCUCCAAGAGACAUUGUCUUGGUGGAGAUUUUGAUGCAAAACAGGAGCUGGUGGGAAGUAACCCUCCGCAGAGGAACUGGAAGGGAAUAGCGAUCGCACUGCUUGUUAUUCUGGUCAUCUGCUCUCUGAUCGUCACCUCUGUCAUUCUGCUGACUCCAGGUGAGGAUGACAGCCUGGCAUUUAAGGGCAAAGUGACGGUUGAAGAUAUCUUCAAGAAAGACUUCAAGGUUCACGACCCAAAUGCUAAGUGGAUAAACAAUAAUGAGCUCCUGUAUCGCACCCGUGAGGGGGAUGUGGUCCGCUUUAACAUGGAGACCAAUGAGAGCACAAUCCUGGUCACAAACAGGAAGUUUGAAAUGUACAAAGCCAGCAAGUAUGAAGUUUCCCCGGAUAUGAAACUGGUUCUGCUAGCCUACAACGUCCAGCCGGUGUAUGAGCACUCGUUUACUGCAGACUACAUCAUCUGCAGCUUAGAAAACCCAGAAACGUGGAUCCUGAACCCUCCAGAAGUGCGCAACGCUCAUCUACAGUUUGCUGGAUGGGGUCCACAAGGCCAGCAGCUGAUUUUUAUUUUUGAGAAUAACGUUUACUACCGAGCCACCGUGGGAAACAGAUCCAUUCGCCUGGUUUCUACUGGAAAGGAAGGUGUGAUAUUUAACGGCCUAAGCGACUGGCUGUACGAAGCCGAGAUAUUUAAGUCCCAUAUCGCCCACUGGUGGUCUCCGGAUGGAGCAAGAAUCGCAUACGCAACCAUCAACAACACGCUGGUGCCCAAGAUGGAGAUCCCGAUGUUCACCGGCUCUGCGUACCCCACGGCUAGACAAUACCACUAUCCUAAAGCAGGAGAGGAAAACCCUGUCAUCUCACUGUAUGUCGUGAACCUCAAUGGUCCUUUACACACUAUUGAGAUGAGACGGCCCGAAGACCAGAGGAUAGGGGAAUACUACGUGACAAUGGUGAAAUGGGCCACGAGCACUAAACUGGCUGUGAACUGGUUGAACCGAGCUCAGAAUAUCUCCAUCCUGACCCUGUGUGAAGCCACGACAGGUGUCUGCACCAAGAAACAUGAGGAUGAAAGCGAGGGUUGGCUACACAGACAAAACGAAGAGCCGCUUUUCUCUAAAGAUGGGCUCAGGCUGUUCUUUACCAGAGCAAUCCCACAGGGAGGACGAGGAAAGUUCUUUCACAUAUCCAUGUCCAUUUCGCAGCCCAACAGCAGCACAGAUACUCUACAGUCCAUCACAUCUGGAGACUGGGACGUCACACGCGUUCUGGCCUAUGAUGAGGACAGCCAGUUAAUAUAUUUCCUGAGCACUGAGGACAAUCCUAAAAGAAGACAUCUGUACAGCGCAGACACGGUCGGCACCUUCAACCGCCGCUGUCUGUCCUGUGAUUUCACUGACAGCUGUGGAUACGUCACUGGCUCCUUCAGUCACGACAGGGAUUACUUUCUUCUCGACUGUAAAGGUCCUGGAGUUCCUUUUGUGGCAGUAUACAGCACCCAGGAUAAACAGAAGGUGUGUGACAUCGAGCUGAAUUUGAACCUGAGGAGAAGCCUGGACUCGGUGCAGAUGCCACGAGUGGAAUACAGAGAGAUAAGCAUCGAGGAUUAUAGCCUCAGCAUGCAGAUCCUGAAACCUGCCGGCUUCGUAGAAACAUCCCACUACCCACUUCUGCUGCUCGUAGAUGGUACUCCAGGCAGUCAGUCGGUCUCGGAGCAGUUCCACAUUGAUUGGCCACUGGUGCUGGUCAGCAGUUUCGGGGUGGUUGCUGUGCGCUUUGACGGUCGUGGAAGUGGCUUUCAAGGGACUAACUUUCUCCAUAAGGUGCAGCGCAGGCUGGGUAUGUUCGAGGAAAAAGACCAGCUGGAGGCCCUCAGAGUUAUGCUGAAGGAGCCGUACGUUGACAAGACCAGAAUUGGAGCUUUUGGGCAGGUGUAUGGAGGUUAUAUCACCAGUCUUCUGCUGAGCUCUGAAGAGUCUGUUCUCAAGUGUGCUGCAGUGCUCUCACCCAUCACUGACUUUACACUAUACGCUUCAGCUUUCUCAGAAAGAUAUCUGGGUCCUCCUAAACCGGACCGGAGAGCAUACGAGAUGGCCAACCUUGCGUACAGAGCGUCUCAGUUCAUCGAUAAGAAGUUUUUAAUCAUUCAUCCAACUGCAGAUGAAAAAGUCCACUUUCAACACACAGCCAAAUUGAUCUCCAGAUUGAUCAGUGAGAGAGCAAACUACACACUACAGAUCUAUCCAGAUGAAGGUCACUUCAUUCACAACGAGAGAACGCGGCAGCACCUCAGUCAGUCGCUGGUCAACUUCUUUGAGGAGUGUUUCAGACUCCCAGACCGAGUGUUCGAGGAGGUGCUAGAGGAGGAGAGCGAGGAAGAGGGUUAAAUUCUCCUCGUCCGUCAUGUCCAAGCACAAAGCCAGCUCCUUUUGCCACAUAAUAUGCAACCCAUAGAUUUGUUCUUCAGUUUUCUUCUCAACGGCCCAUCCGCACCUCCCGGUGUAGCAUGCUGACUCUGAGACUGCCCCGCCUCGCCUCGCCUUCAGGUGCGCCUCACACGCUUUCUCCAUCCGUCAAACCCCUGCGUGCGGGCCGACGCCGCACCUUCUCUCUCAACCCGGCAACCCAGCUGUGAGCUCACGAGAGGGUCAUGAAGAAGACGCAGUCUCGGGUCUGUCCGUCACGUGGACGGAUGAGAUGCUGCCAUACGAACUGAGUGCUGAGCGCGAUGGGAUCCCAGAAAGCUGUGAAACUCACAGGAGACUCGAGGCUUAACCGCACAAUACCUGGAGUUUAAACAGCGGGACGGAGGGGUCAUGUGGUGUUCAUUUUCAAUAGAUAUUCAAUGUUUUGCGAAGGGAAGUGAGGCAUUGUCGAUAGAACGUGUCAUUCAUGGUUCAAACGAUCUUCUCAUAUCCAGUUGUGCUCGUGUCUGGUGUUGCAUUCACUUGGAUAUUGAUAAUACUUGUUUUCAGUGUUCAAGCGUGGAAAUCGUAUAACCUCAAGUGUGUAUUUAGAUGGUGUUUAUUCAUUGCCAAAACUUCAUCAAGCAGAAGGGGAGCAUUAUUUGUGUAGACCAUGACAGUUUCUUAAGACUGUUGAUCCUACUUCUUCACUUGUGUUUUGGUUUGUUUUUGGCUCAUUUUUUACAGCGGUGGUCUGUCAGUGCUGGAGAAAGCACACUAUCCUGAUUUAGUCACUGUGCCUUAUUAUGGAGGCAAACAAUCCUCCUUACAAGGAGCCUCCUUAUAAAUAACACGUGUCAUUAAACUCUGUUAUGUUUGAUUGAUGGGAUUCAUGUCUGUACUUCAAUUCACUCUAAUAGCAUUUUGAUGAUGCUGUUUUUAGUCAAUUAUAUCAUUCUUCUUAUUUGUGCAUGUGUAAGCUAGUGUUGUUUUAUUGUCAACAAAAACCAACUCUCUCGGCCUCCUGCUAAUAGUGGUUUUCCAUUCACUUUAAGGAUCGAGUAAUGGAGCAUGAAAUUAAAACGUAUGAUUUCAACAUUACCUCAGAAUUACGCUAAAACCUCUUUGAGGGUUUCAAAAGCCAGUUUGUAGUACUCUGUUGAUACACGCCCGAAAUAUCUGUACAUACAGUAAGCGUAACGAGUAUUUAAGGGACAGUCCAACCAAAAAUGAUGAAUAAUUUAUUUCGCCCUCGUGGAUCACAAAACAUGAUGUUCGCACUUGUUCUUUUCCAGACAAUGAAAGUAAACGUGAUGCAUAAAAAAAAUACAUUUAGUCAAGUUUGCUAUUAGUAGACUUAUUUAAACUAGAAAUAAGACAGGUCUACAUUUGAUGUACUUUUCAUAAAUAUUUACAACUUUAUAGUUGUGCAGGCAAAUUUGACUAUUGUUACAUCUAAAAUAUAUUUAUUAAAAGAACAUUCAUAUAAACUACAACUUGAGCCAGUUUAGUAGUAUUGAAAAAAGUAUACUACUGCAAAUACACUUGAACUUUGCUCUAGGUAUAGAUAAUAAAAUUACUUGAAUUAUAGGGAUGGUGGUGUAAAGUGGACAAAAACCUCCAUAAUCUCAGUUUACAUGGGUGUUUCAUGUUUUAUGAAGCCAUACAUUUUAUGUAACACCAACAUUUUAAUUGUUAAAUCUUCGAUACACUAUUGGUAUAUGUAGAAUCUAUACAGACUACUUGUAUACUGUACUUGUAUUGCCCUCUUUCCAGCCCCGUUCACUAUCACGGGAAAAGAGCAGCUUGCACCUUCUUUUAAAUACCUUUUUCCAGAGUCACACAGUAUGUGUGUGAAACGGCAUGAUAGUGAAGAAAUAACAUAUCCAGAGUUUUUGAAUAAACCAUUCCUUUAACACUCAUAAAGUACAGUACUGUGCAAAUGUUUCCCAUCAUCUUUUCUUUAUUUUCAAGAUGUAUUUUUGCGUGUUUGCCUCAAUGUUUUGCACAGUACUGUAUGGUAAAAGUUAUCGGUCAUACUUUUUGCAUAUAAAAGCUCUUGAGGAUGAAAUGUGUCUUAUUUUCGUUUGAAUGAAGUGUUCUUGGUUAAUUUUGAUGCAUGUCAAACUCAAAAGCUAUUUUUUAAAAAUACAUGCAUAGUAUUUUUGACGGCUUGAAUGUUCCUUACCAAACUGCAUUUCAUGUGGAGUAGUUUUGUGGGUAAGAUCUCAGUCUUGUCUGCGUGAUGUAUAAUUGUUACUCAAAUAUCAUUUUUGUCUGAAUAUCUGAGUGUUUCUUGUACAUAAAGCAUUUGAAGGUUUUUUGUUUCCCUGUUUCCAACAGAAUGUGGUGUGGUGGAGGUCAUUGUUGUUACAAACUUUAAUGAAAUGAAAGGAUCACAUGGGACCAAGAGUAUGAUGGGAUUGCUGUUUACUGACUGAUUAAGGACUAGACAUAUUGUGGCAACUGUCAGAAUACAAACGAUUUUAUCACCA